AUGGGAGUCUCUUUUAAGGUCUCAAAAACUGGUACUAGGUUCCGCUCAAAGCCUGUUGUUCAAUCAGAUACUGUUCUUGGUGACGUCUCAGAGAAUUCCAAAGAGAGCUCGGUGAUUGGCUCAAAGAAUGAAUACUCUACGAGAAAGCGCCAGGGUGACAUUGUUGAGGGUGCUGAGGAUGCUUUAGCUGUCUCAAGUUCAUCUAUAUCUGGUAAAGCCCUUAGCAUUUCUGCAUGUCAGAUUGAUUCAAUUGAUCGAAUUGAGGCUGCUCAUCAGGCUCCUCUUCAAGGUGGUCAGAAGUUGUUGCAUCCAUAUGAUAAGACUUCCGAAACGCUCUUUUCGGCAAUUGAGUCCGGCCGCUUGCCUGGAGAUAUUCUGGAUGAUGUUCCAUGUAAAUAUGUUAAUGGAACCCUUGUAUGUGAGGUGCGAGAUUAUAGGAAAUGUGCUUCCGAGCAGGGGUCUAGCAUUCCUUCUAUGGAUCUACUCCCUAUCAUCAAUAAAGUAUGCCUUAGGAUGUCAUUGGAGAAUGUAGUGAAGGAUAUACCGUUGAUCUCUGAUAAUUCUUGGACGUAUGGUGAUUUGAUGGAAGUAGAAUCUCGGAUAUUGAAAGCAUUGCAACCACAGCUUUGUCUAGAUCCUACUCCCAAACUGGAUAGGCUCUGCAAUAACCCAAUUUUGACCAAGCUGAAUUUAGAUCUGAGCAGUUUCCGUAGAAAAAGAUUAAGGCAGACACCUGAAGUUACCGUCACAUCUAAUAACAGAAUCCACGGAAAGAAAGUUUGCAUCAACCGAGUGCCUGAAAGCUCUAACAGUAGGUUUGGGGAUUCAGGAAUCAUUUCAAGCAAUGUGAUGCCACAGCAUGUCCAGGAGAAUCAGACUACUCAAAACCUUGGCCCUAGCAACAUGUUAGCCUUAAGAGCUAGAAGCUUUGUUCCAGAUGGCAAUGUUCCAGCACUACCUUUGGUAUCCCAGCAACAGAGGUAUCAAAUGGGGAUUUCCCCAAGAAGUAUGCAGGAUCAAGGGUCAGGAUCUCUUAAUAACAUUUCAGGAGCUUCCCCUUCUGGGCAGGACAUGAUGGUUGCUUACAGCAACACCAUUAAUUCUGGUGGUUCUCUUCAUGGGAAGAGGGAGAACCAAGAUCCGCAAAUGUCGCCUUUAUCUAGUUUUAAUAAGAGAGCAAGGCUUACACCAGCAGGUCCUGAUGGAAUUCAACAGCAGCAAAUGGGGCCGCAUAUGGAUGGCCUCCAUGAAUCAGAAAUGAACUGGAAGAAUUCACUACUACAGCAGCAAGCAAUGACAAGAGGAAUUCAGUAUGCUAAUGCAGGCAUUCAGAAGUAUCCUCACCAGAUGUUAGAGGGGGUUAUACAUCAAAAUGCUGCAGCAACAUCAUUUUCUGCAGGACAGCCAGCUAUGAGACUUGGUCUCAAGGAAGAACAGUUUGAGACAGAAAAACUGGAUGGUUCAGUGCUUAGUCAGGGUAAAAAUGAUAUGCAGAUGAUUGAAACAGAAACAGGCCAUUUGGACACACAGCAACCACGGGUACAGCAAAGAUUACCACAACAAAUCAUGAGAUCUAAUUUCCCGCAGGCUGGAUGGAACAAUCUGAGCCAAGAUUGUAGGAAGGAGGAACAGCUCCAGAAGAGGAAAUCUGCACAAAGUCCCCGAUUAUCUACUGGGGGUUUAGCUCAAUCACCUCUAUCAUCAAAAUCCGGGGAAUUGUCCAGUGGUUCAGCGGGACCCCAUUUUGGAGCAGCUGCAGCAACUGCUGCACUUGGGUCAUCACAAAAGGAGAAGUCAGUGGGUGCUGCUGUUGGUGGAACCCCAUCUUUGACUUCCAGUGCUAAUGAUAGCUUGCAAAGGCAGCAUCAGGCUCAACUUGCUGCAAAACGGAGAUCAAAUUCCGUUCCUAAGACCCCAGUAAUGAGCAAUGUGGGGUCUCCUGCAAGUGUUAACAAUAUAAGCAUUCCAUUAAAUGCAAAUAGUCCUUCAGUUGGGACCCCACCUAUGGCCGAUCAAAGCAUGCUCGAAAGAUUUGCGAAGAUUGAGAUGGUGACAAUGAGGCAUCAACUCAACCGCAAAAAGAAUAAAGUUGAUGAUUACCCUAUCAGGAAACCAAACACCUAUUUAUCUAAAAAUCUGCAAGUAUGUCUCUCCAAUUCAGCCAAUAAUGAGGAGUUCCAAGAUGAUACUAAUGCAACAAAGUUAUCAAAGUCUCUUGUAGGUGGCAAUAUGAAUAUCUGCAAGACGAGAUUUAUGGAUUUCAUACUGUCAGAACGAGUUCUUCAAGGAAAUGCUGUUUCUUAUGUUACAAAGAGGAAUAGAAUGAUUAUGUCAGAGAAGCCAAAUGAUGGUACUGUGGUGAUGCAUUAUGGAGAAGCAGAUGAGUUUGAUGUUCUAUCAGCAGAAGAUUAUCUUCCUACAUUGCCCAAUACUGUAAGUGUAGUGUAUAGAUUUCAUUUGUUGGAUUUGGAUAUAAUGGAGGUCUAA